CCCCCAUUUCCAGUGGAUCCCACAUCCCACCACCGUAGAUGUGUAGAGAGAGAGAGAGAGGGCGAGGGAGACGUGCACGCUUGGGAGAAGGGACCUGAGAAGCGCCGCAUCACCGAAAGCGACGUCUCUCUCUGUCUCUCCAGGGCGCACGUCUUCCCGCAAAAUCCUAUUCUUUUGGAUGCGAGAGGAACAAGAAGGCAGGCAACAGCGAAACAAACAACCAUGAUAACCAUAAUUGAAAAAAAAAAGAAAAAAAAAAUAGAGGAACCAAAAGCGGCGAGAUAAACCCUCAUCAUAACACGACGCGAUAUUUUCACCCCCCACCCCUCUUUAUGACGCUCAACUACAGGAACCACGACGACGACGGCAUCAUCAUCUUACACUUACAGAGCAGAAGAUUCGAGAAGAGAGAGAAAGCGGUCGCGGUAGCGGGCAAUUAAUUCCGCUUCCUUGCACUGUUGCGUUUUAAGUGCUGGUAGGAGAGAGCUGAGGAGCGAGGGGUCGGAGGUAGCAUUGGUCUUUGGACGUGCAAAGGCUUCCCCGGUGGAAGAGGGGGUGGUUGGCCGGCGUACGGACGCGGGAAAACCGGGAUUUGGGUGGACCGUGAAGAACGGGAUGGUGGCGUGGGCUUGAGAGGAAGGGAGGUGAGGGUUUGGGUAAGGGAAAGAGAUGAAGUUUAUGAAGCUGGGAUCGAAGCCUGACGCAUUCCAGUCGGACGGGAGCAACGACAGGUUUGUGGUAUCCGAGCUGGCAACAGAUGUCAUUAUACAUGUUGGUGAAUUGAGAUUUUCUUUGCACAAGUUCCCUCUUCUAUCCAAGAGCAACCGGUUACAGAGAUUGAUCCUCAAGGCCAGUGAGGACAGCAUUGAUGAAGUGUCCAUGCAUGAUUUUCCUGGUGGUCCAAAAGCCUUUGAACUAUGUGCUAAAUUUUGCUAUGGCAUGACUGUAAUUCUCAAUGCCUACAAUGUUGUUGCCGCUAGAUGUGCAGCAGAGUACCUAGAGAUGACUGAAGAUGUUGAAAAAGGUAAUUUGAUAUUCAAAAUCGAGGUUUUCCUACACUCCGGUGUGUUCUGUAGCUGGAAAGACUCCAUCAUUGUUCUACAGACCACAAAGUCAUUGCUACCCUGGUCUGAGGAACUUAAGGUGGUUGGAAGAUGCAUAGAUUCUAUUGCUUCCAAAGCAUCUGUUGACCCUGCUAAUGUAAACUGGUCCUAUACCUAUAGCAAGAAAUUAGCAGCUUCAGGUGAGAUAGUUGAAUCCCAACAAACAAAGCAUGCUGUUCCCAAGAAUUGGUGGAUUGAGGAUGUAUGCGACCUCGAUCUUGAUCUUUACAAGCGAGCGAUGGUUGCUGUGAAGUCUAAAGGGAGAAUCUCUUCUGAUGUGAUAGGAGAAGCCCUCAAGGCUUAUGCAGUUAGAUGGUUGCCUGAUUCUUAUGAUGCCCUGGUUGCUGAUGAAUACACAAAAAGGAACAGGAGUCUGGUAGAAACCAUCAUCUGGCUGUUGCCAUCAGAUAAAGGUUCAGGUUGUUCCUGUAGGUUCCUUUUAAAAUUGUUAAAGGUUGUUAUCUUGGUUGGAGCUAGGGAUCUAUUGAAGGAAGACUUGAUGAAUCGUAUUAGUGUGCAAUUGCACAAAGCUUCUGUAAAGGACCUUUUGAUUCCGGCAAAAUCUUUUGGUGACACUAUUUAUGAUGUUGAUUUGGUGCAAAGCUUGGUCAGUAGAUUUAUGAUGCAUGUUCGGAGCACUCACAAUACUGAUUUUGCUGAAAGGAGUGAAAAUAGGUUGCAUGAAAUUGAUUUAGAACAUGAAUCUUUGUUGGCUUUGGGAAAACUGAUCGAUUGUUAUCUUGCUGAAAUAGCCAGUGAUCCAGAUCUGUCAAUUUCUAGUUUCAUCGAUCUUUCUAUGUCAGUUCCCGAGGCAGCAAGACCAAUCCAUGAUGGACUCUACACAGCCAUCGAUAUUUAUUUGAAGGAGCAUCGAAGCCUGACUAAAGCAGAGAAGAAAAGGAUUUGCAGUCUGAUGGAUGUCAAGAAGCUCUCGACAGAUGCUUGCAUGCAUGCAGCACAAAAUGAGCGGCUACCUCUUAGAGUGGUGGUGCGGGUCCUCUUCUUUGAACAGAUGAGGGCAGCAGCUCAUGGCUUAACAGCUUCAACCAAUGACACCUUGCAUGGCAGGACGAGGUCCAGAGCAAAUGUGGAAGAGGAGUGGAAGAGACCAGCGCCAGAGAACCUUACCUCUGCAAAGAAACAGCUAGGGAACUCGAAGGUAAAAGAGGAGUGUUGGAGUAACGAGGGAAAGAAUGGUAGGGAUAGCAAGGAUGGUGGAUUGUUGCUGCAGUCUCGAUCAAGGAGGAUAUUUGACAAGUUCUGGGCUGGGAAAGUGCGUGGGGAGAACAAAAGUAGCGAGACAUCAGGGAGUUCUCAAAGCCCUCCGACCUCUGCGAAGCCUGGGGAAGCUAAAUCAUCUGGGACUUCGUCAAGGCAAAGGAGAUACUCUGUUUCGUGAGUAUAGUUUUUGGUUGGAAUUUCUUCCCCUUUUGUAUAGUAAAAAGGUGAUGUGUUUCAGCUGAUGGGAAGCUUCUAUGCGUUUUAGCAAAUGCUCGUAUUUUUUUUUUCUCAUCCCCUCCUGAAGGAAUGGGAAGGGGCUUGAGCGGUUAAAAAUGUACACACUGCUUUUUUAUUACUGCUCUUGUUCAACUUAGUCUAGUGUUUUGUUAGGUUCAUUUCUCUCUCUGCAACCGAGGUAUUAUGUAUCUCCAUAGAAAUAACAUCCCAUGGAGUCAGCAACGAUGGGCUCUCUCAACUUUCUAGG